GCAUUUCUCCCAAAGACUGUGAACUGCUGGCUUUCUGCUUGCUCCUCUGAAAAUGCAGCGGCUGUUGACUCCAGUGAAGCGGGUCUUGCAAGUGAAAAGAGUGAUGCAGGAAGCUCCACUCAUGCCUGCUCGCCUUCUUCCAGCAGCCCACCAAAGGUUUUCUUCAGUCCCUGCUGUCCCCUUGGCCAAAACGGAUACUUGGCCAAAAGAUGUCGGCAUCCUUGCCCUGGAGGUCUAUUUCCCAGCCCAGUAUGUGGACCAAACGGACCUGGAGAAGUAUGACAAUGUGGAAGCAGGGAGGUACACAGUGGGCUUAGGCCAAACCCAUAUGGGCUUCUGCUCCGUCCAGGAGGACAUCAACUCCCUGUGCCUGACGGUGGUGCAGCAGCUGAUGGAGCGCACGCAGCUCCCAUGGGACUCUGUGGGACGGCUGGAAGUGGGCACUGAGACCAUCAUCGACAAGUCCAAGGCUGUCAAAACAGUGCUCAUGGAGCUCUUCCAGGAUUCGGGCAACACUGACAUUGAGGGCAUAGAUACCACCAACGCCUGCUAUGGUGGCACUGCCUCCCUCUUCAAUGCUGCCAACUGGAUGGAAUCUAGCUCCUGGGAUGGUCGCUAUGCACUGGUGGUUUGUGGAGACAUCGCAGUCUAUCCCAGUGGUAAUGCUCGCCCCACAGGUGGGGCUGGAGCUGUGGCAAUGCUGGUUGGGCCCGAGGCACCUCUGGCUCUGGAGAGAGGGCUUAGAGGAACCCACAUGGAGAAUGUAUAUGACUUCUACAAACCUGAUGCAACUUCAGAGUACCCGAUUGUGGAUGGGAAGCUCUCCAUUCAGUGCUACUUACAGGCCUUGGACCGAUGUUACACAACAUACCGUCAAAAAAUCCAGAACCAGUGGAAGCAAGUUGGCAUGGAUCGACCUUUCACCCUUGAUGAUUUACAGUUUAUGAUCUUUCACACACCCUUCUGCAAGAUGGCCCAGAAAUCCCUGGCUCGCCUGAUGUUCAAUGACUUCCUGUCAACCAGCAAAGACACACAGACCAGCCUCUACAAGGAGCUGGAGGCCUUCAGGGCGCUAAAGCUGGAAGACACCUACACCAACAAGGACAUGGAUAAAGCACUUCAAAAGGCCUCUCUGGACAUAUUCAACAAGAAAACCAAGGCCUCUCUUUACCUUUCCACGCACAAUGGGAAUACGUACACCUCAUCUCUCUAUGGGUGCCUGGCCUCACUUCUGGCCCAGCACUCUGCCCAAGACUUGGCUGGCUCCAGGAUUGGUGCCUUCUCUUAUGGCUCUGGCUUGGCAGCAAGUUUUUUCUCAUUUCGAGCAUCCCAGAAUGCUUCUCCAGGCUCCCCACUGGAGAAGCUGGUAUCUAGUGUAUCAGACCUGCCAAAACGCCUCGCCUCUCGGAAGCGUAUGUCUCCCGAAGAGUUCACAGAAAUAAUGGAUGAAAGAGAACACUUCUACCACAAGGUGAAUUUCUCACCUCCUGGUGAUGCAAACAGCCUUUUCCCAGGCACUUGGUACCUGGAGCGAGUGGAUGAGCUCCAUCGCCGAAAGUAUGCCCGGCGUCCAGUCUAAAGGUAGUGAAUGAGACUUAGCGAGAUCUGGGAAAAGUAUGCUAGCAGAGCUUCUGCCCUCUAUCGUAUGAAAAACUGCACUCUGAGCUUGUAAAUAGAUUGGAUUGGACACAGUAGCCCCCAAAAUUCUUGGCCCUAUAGAGUGAGUGGGUCCUUCACGCCUUUCCCUGCUGGAGUCACAGUCACUGGCUUGGAGUGCAGGAGGCGCCCUUCAUGAAAGGGGAUGGAGGAAUGGGGAGAAGGCUCAGCCGUGGAUCACUAACCUCCAGAAAUGUCACGGAUCAGUUGUCUCCUUCAAGAUCCAGAUGAUUUGCCUAUCAUUUGUUAUAGCUUUGUUAUGAUUAUUGUUAUUAUUAAAUUUCUGUGCUGUUA